AUGGACAAAAUAACGCAGGAGAAAUACAACAAAAGCCGUGAAAGAAGUGACAGGAUCAGUGCAUUAAUGGGACAGUACAUGUUGAAGGGUUACCGAAUGUUAGGCUCAACAUGUGAAGUCUGUGGGGUAAGCAUCAUUGUCAAAAUAGCAUACUGAACUUUUUUGGCUUUGUCUGACAACUCUUUACAAUUUAUUUAUUCUUAUUUAUGAUGUUCUUAGCUGGUAGGCAAGAUCAAGAAACCUUGCUUUAUGAGUUUUUUGAUUGCUCAAUCAAGUGCAUCACAGUCACAUUUGUCCUUUCUUGUUUUGUUGUUGUUGUUGUUGUUGUUGUUGUUGUUGUUGUUUUUUAAAUAAAAAUUGCUAAUUAUCUUAAACAGGUAGGCCCUAACAUCCUUCUAGUACUAUGGCCUUUUUAUUGAACAUGUAUGUUCCGAGCAGGGAACCUCUUGCCUCUUGUAGAACUAGCCACUUGUUAAUUGGCUCAAUCAACUACAGUGGACUACUUUGUAAUCUGAUUUGUAGCACUCGGAUCACCUUAUUCUAGAAGUAUGGUUGCUCAUUAAAUGCUUUCAGGUUAAAUUAUUUCUUGGUGCUACAAAAUUAUACUCUAUUCUGACAAAGUGUUUUCUCACUAACAGACUGUACCUGGCAUGAUGUUACUUUAAACAUAACUUUCACUCGAGCUCCUGCAUCUUGUAAGUCUGACUUCCUUGCAACAUUUCCUCUGACCCCUCACUUUUUUGAUUAGCAAUCAACUCAUUGUACUGUUCACUCACUUGGAAACAUGGUCCUUGUUCCUUUGCUCAUCAGUCUCUGUUGGCCGGGCACCUGGUAUCCAGGCCUUGGUUUGCUUGGGUCAACCCUACCUCAGGAUCAGAACUGAGGCUUCAGUUACCUGCCAGUUUAAUUCUAGUACGAGCUACAUGUAAUGUUUCUUUCAACAUAAGAUGUGUACAUCUUGCUGAGUUAGAGGCUUGCAUGUUUUACUGGGUUUGUGGAAGAACUACUCUGGUACCGAUGACCCUCUGUAUGGGUAUUUCUGAUAAAAUUAUAGUCAAGAGGAUAACCAUUGAUGAAGCGACGAGCUAAGAGAUUUUUGUUAAGAUAAGUGAUGAUUGCAUUGGUAUUAAGAUUUAAAUCAAGUUUGACAAUGUUAACCAUGCAAGGAAACAUGCCAAAAAGUGUGCCGCACAUUGUUUGUUUUCCUUAUUUUCUCGUUUCCAUUGUCGUUGUGGUUGCAUUGAGCUCGCUAGUAGCAUAACCAAACAAAACAAUUCUUGAUAGCAAUGAUUUUGCCCCAAAUAGUUAAAGAUUUGAUGGAAAAUGUGCGAUAAAACAGACUUCUAUAGGUACCUAUACAGAGGCUCAGUGGUAGUUGAUCAAAUUUUCAGAUGAAGAGCCACUCACCUGGAUAUGUUGACAUAAAAUAAUAAUAAUUAUUAUUAUUAUCAUUAUUAUUUACAACGUGGUCACUGUAAGCUAGAAGCUAGAAGCUGGAAGUCUAUGUGGGUAUCUGGUCACUUGCUGUGACCUAAGGUGUCCAGACUGCCGGCUUUUACCCUUUUCGCAUUAAGAAGGCGUAUUCUUUGUCUCUUUUGUCACUAAGAAGGCGUUUUCUUUGCCAAACCUCUGGCUUGGUUUAUCGCAUCUCCUGUCGCCAUUUCCCCUCCGUCUACAUUUGGGAAACAACUUUGCACGUGCGUCACUGUUUUUUGUACAUUUCUUUGCUGUCACAGCAUGGCUACAAAAUGAAAGUCCCUAAUUUCACGUUGUGUCGAGGACGUGAACACAAGACAACGACUUUCUUUUUCUCUUCCUGAACUUUGAUACAGUCUUUUAGAAUUCAACUCCAGAAAAAUUUUGCCAACAUUUUACGAAUUGAACAAGUUGGAAUAAGUGCGAUAAAGUUUCAAGUAGCACAAAUUCACUUGUUGUUGUCACCAUCUUGGUUGCUUAAGCUGCCUAUCAUGCUCUGCAGGGAAAACACACAACAGAAGUGCCUGGAGAAGCACCUGAUUUUUCAGCUUGGCACAAGUCAUCCCCUUCUAGGCUGCGCACAAAGCCGCCCACGUACUACAAAGUUUUUUGAGUGUUUAUUUUUUCUUUCAAGCAUGUAUGCAAACCUUGCAACGUUUCUAACGUACUUGUAACUCCACUGAUAAAGGUCCACUGAGGCCCAAAGUGUUUGGAGAAGUCAAACCACAAGACAGCACUUUUGUUCAUUAUUUUUUGUUGAACAUUCCCUGACUUAAACCUUUUCCUCUUUCAUAUUAAACCUCCCUGAGUGUCCAAUAUUUUCCUCAGUAUUCUUGCAGAGCCUAACAGACACGCUUUCUGUAACAGACCUAAUGCACAUGACAUUUCAGAGGCCUUAAGACCUUUGAUAAGUUGCACUGGUACUGUCCCCAGAGCUCCAAUGACAAUUGAUAAGGGUUAGGGCUGUUACUAAGGGCCAGGGGCUGGGGAUUUCCCCCCACUUACUAUGAGCAUGACCCCUGUCUACUUUCAUAUAGGAAGCAAAAGGAAAAUAGAACCAAAAGAAUUUGCUAACCAUUCAAUUCACUGUCGUCUAACUGCAUAUACCCGUGACAGCCCUGCACCUACUCUUGUUCCUUUCUUUAACCCUGGUAUCGAUUGGGCUGGUUAUGUAUUAUCAGGCAUGAUCGUGACUGCUUAUCAAGGACGACAGUGUCUGGUUUCUUUAUUCGAUGUUAGUCAAGUCUGAAAAUCCCACAACAUCUUGACCACUUCAGAUUCCAGCAUGGGCUGAGGUUUGUGAUCAUACCAUUUUGCCCCUCUUUGUAAGGAGAGAUUUUCCAUGAAUUCUUUAUUUGCUUCGAAUAUCAUAUAUAGCUUUCGAAUAUUCGCAUUGACAUUGUUCUUAGUAAUUCAUGCUGAACUCUGAUUUGCAUAAAGAGGUUUUAACUCCGCAAAAAGGCUCGUGCCAUUUUAUUGUCCUUUCUUUCAUUUGCUUUGUGUUCGCUAGGUAAUAAUCAUAGAAAAACCAACAGGUUCCUCAACAAACAAAACUAAUUGCUCGUUCUCUUUUCAAUUAUAUACAUUUUACAUCAAAUUAUGUUACUCUUGAAAGAAUACUUAAUUUCUUAAUAAUGGUUUAUUUGACUUUAGUAUAUUUUUCGUGAUUUUCACUACUGGACAACAUGUAUUCAUAGAAACGCCUUUCGUGCAGUUGCAUCUCGUUUUAAUUGCAAUUUAGUUAUAUUUAUUUGCGAAAAUAUAUUUCAUUAAGUUGUUAGUUGAAGAGAGGUGAUAACCGAAUUGUGAAUAUGAAAGGUUUUGCUGUCUUGUAAUUUUAAAAUUAGAUCGGUUUUUGCUUAAGGUGAAAACUUCUAAUUAGUCUAAGCUUUUCCUGUUUAAAACAAUCGAUAGCUGAAUUUGCAAUUUAAUUCAUAUUGUAAUACUUUGUACAUAAAGCUGUUUUACUGACCUGGCUAGGUCUUUGUCUCAGUACUUUUACUUUCUAAAAUAGGAAUAGUAACAAAAGAUUCCAGGUUAAAAAUAGAAUUUGUAUUUAGUUUUCAUUUAACUCUCAGAGAUUUCUGUUUAUAUUCCUAUUGUAUUCUUUUAUCUUCAAUGGUCGUAAAAAUCAUAUAUAAGUAAGUUGCUUUGAACUGAUUUUUCGAUCACAUCAACGAUUAUUUCGCCGUGUCCUAGCCGAGUUAUUGCUGUUUGUUCCGCUGAAGAAUAAACGCUGUUGGAACCAAGUUUAGUUCUGUUUUAUCUACUGCUGUACCAGUUAGUGGUCAGAUCCCGGUCCUUCAGAGAAGUGACGGCUCUUCCCCGCAAGCGAGUUGCCAUUUGAGUCUAGUUUUCCCCAGUUUUAUCGUGAGUCAAGCACCGAGUUUCAGUUGAGCCUUAAAUUCGUUUCAAAGUGGAAAAACCUUCCGUCACAUCUUUCAGAUCCAAAUCUCUUACAGAGCUUCCACUGAGUGAAAAGUGCCACUUUGUUGUGUCUCCAUAGACGAUGCUGUUUGUGGAUCAGCAUCUUACACUUUGCUACUAUAUGACCUACAGUCUCCUCUCUCUCUCUCCCCAGAUAACUUUACAUAUCGGUAGCAUGUUCUGAUUAUCCAUGAGUGAUUUUUACUGUUCAUUCUUGAGUAAUCAAUCCUUCUAUCUCCUUUAACUGACCCCUAAAUAGCCAUCUCCGUUUAUGUUGUUCUUCAGUAUCCACUCUGCCCCUUAAAAACUGACCAUGGAGGGGCUUCCCUAGUAGCAUCGAUACCCUUUAAAUCUUGACUCCUUUUAAGCACAUUCUCUCGUGUUACUGAUUCCAUAACCUUUUCUUGGCUGCUAUCAACUUAGUUACUGAGUUGGUAGUGAGCCGGCCUCGAUUUCUGUCUGCGGCACUGUCUUCACGGCUUAACAGUCCUCUUCCUCUCUUUCCUUUCUAGACAACAUAGAUUCAGUGUCAGGAGCUUCCGUGUCUUUCUGUUCAUUUCCUGAAGUUCGUUAUUGGUCCAGCUGAUGAUUUGCGCACCAUAUCUCAGAAUCGAGACCGCCCUUUUGUCGAUGGCUGUAAAUCCUCCGUUUAGCUUUGACUUCAGGAUCAUCCUGACUCUACAGUGAUAUUCUUUCUCUACGCCCCUGAUCUCUUUCAUCUCUGAUCGCUUUGUGCCAUGUAUUUCUAUUAUCCCGAGACAUUGUAGCCUUCACUGUCCAGUGAUCUAUAAAAUAAUCGUUAUACCUGAUGUCUGGUAACUGUGGUAAUUCAAUGCCUUCAAUUUGAAUGAUCUUUCUUCGUUUCAUCAUUAGGGUUGACCAUUUAUUGAUACCGAACUCCAUGCACUUAUGGGUGCUGAUUACUCUGACCGACUUUACCUGACUCUCUAUAUGAUUCUCAUUUUUGCCGUACAAAUUUUAGUUACCUAUCUAUAAUAGAUGGCUACUAAUGUCGUUCCCUUUUCCAAGGUCGUAUCUAGCCUUCGUUUUCCUCAACACUUAAGUUAGGUGGUCAGAGGGAUCAAUGCCACGAUGAAAAGAGGUGACAGGCUUUCUCCCUGAAAGAUUCAUCCCUCGACUUUUACCUUGCCUAAAACUUUUCCCUCAAGCUGCCAGCUCAAUUUCCCAGCCCCAAAGAGAUCUAAGCAUUUUAAUAAUGAGCCAUGAGUCAGGGACCAUGUCGAAGGCCUUCUUGAAAUCAAUCCAGGCCAUCUCCCUGGUCCUGUAAGCCUUCUUAUGCAGGAUCCUAUUAUCAUAUUAAGUAACAAUUAGUCUGUUUUUGCCCUGGAGUUUCGCCGACAACCCUUUUGUUUCUUCGCUUCAAGAUGUUUAUAGAGCUUAUCGUCCAAUACUGAGCUAUAUGAAAUACUACAUACUGUUUACAACCUACAAAAGGAGUCCGUAGGCGAUCUACAAUCUCAUGAGAUAAAACCAAUCAGUUAAAAAUAUUAUAAGCUUGCGACCAUUGCUAUUUUGAUUGCGUUUAAUUGUAUUGCUUUUCGCUGAAGAAAUCCUGGGCCGAGUUGUUUGAAGGCCGGUUAGCGCUAACCCAUGGUUAAAUUUUAACCCGGGUUUCUUAAAGAAAAGUAGUUUUCGCAAAAGAGCCUUUUAAAAGAGAUAAGAUAAAUCUCAUAAAUUAGUAGAAAUUGUAGAAAAAAGAAUUAAACUGAAUUUGCUUUUUAAGCUUUCAUAUCUGAAUUCAAAUUUUGUACUAACCCUGGGUUAUGUUAACCCGGUUUUGAACAACUCGGCCCUGUAUUUUCCGUCCUAAGUCCGAUAUUGCACACUGUGGGUACGAAAUAAAACAAAAAACCAACGGCUCUUUGUAGAACCGCCAAGGCUAACAAUAGUCAUAAACUUAUGUACUUAAAAGAGAUUAUCUUAUCUAGAGUAGAUAAACGUUUCUAUAAGUUUUCAAAACUCGGUAGUAUUACCCGUUUGUAGUUCAUAAAUGCUAGGUUACCGACCCCCGGGGUUACCGAGUGAAUUGUUUUAAACGCAUGUAAGCUCUAUUCAAGAUUGCUGUUUCAUGUUAUGGCAGAAUUUUCUACGGAAAAUAACCUUAAAUAAAAACCUUUUCAAUACGACAAACUAUUACGAACUCAAGUGGAAACAGGUAAACCACGAGCCAUGAACUUCCUUGGAAAAUCGCGCACGAGAGACAGACGCCAUCAUUGCGUCAUUUCCCUGUUCCAUACAGCUCUCAUGGACCAUAGCUCCUGACCAAUCAGCCUGACCCUAUCAUCAAAAUCUUGCACUUGUGUUAAGGAGUCUUAGUCUAUUCUUCUAACUAAUCCGGUCUAUUUUUGAGUUCCAUAGAAUGUUCUUUUAAAGUACCGUGACCAGGAAGAUUACUGUGUUGCUUGUAAGGAAGUCGACGCCCCAGCUGCACCAGGUACUUGCAGUUCCAUACUUACCAGUAGCUCUGAUAUUGUUUUUGUUACAUUAUCUGAGUGCGUUAGUAUUGUAUGUCAUGUCUGUAAAGUUUUACAAUUUUUUCCCGUGGAUAACACUGUUUUUCCAAGUAGGUGCCAUUAGGAAGGGUCAGUUAGUUAAUCAGGAAACUCGAGUGUGCUUCCAGCGUGUUUGGGUAAUAAGAGCUAAUAGUGUCCAAACAGAUAUGAAUUAUUGUUUCAAUUUCUAUGAUCAAAGAAAUGUUUUGCUUCGUUACACUGCAUGGAGGUCAGUCAUUGAACAACCUCCUUCCCAGGGUUCUUUCCUACCCGCUCCUUAGGGCGAGAGAACCCUGGGAACGAGGUUGGUCAUUGAACUUCUCGGAUCAAUUUAGGUCGGGAAAACUGCCUUCCUACCCCUCCCCUAAGCCGACAUUUUGCCCAAAUUAAGAAGUACGAGAUCAUGUUAACUUAGGGGAAGGGUAGGUGGGCAGUUUCCCAGAAACCUAAAUUGAUCCAACUUCUCAUUACAUGAUUCGUAAUGAUUGUGAUAAAUGGCGCUUUCAUCUGGCAAUGUAUACAUAUUAAUGCUUUAGAUGCGUUGAAGGGUUCAACACGGUGGUCAUUUCUGUUUUUCCUUUCUGUAGUGAGUCGUCCUGUUGGAUCGGCAAGUGCGUCCCAUCCACAGCAGCACUCUGAACUGAUUUCCGUGGUAAAAUCACCUACAAGCCAGAAUGCUGUACACACAGCCGUGCACGCUGUUAACGAGAAAAUGUUGUGGGCAAGUCAAGCACUCAGUAGUGCUCACUCUACAGGAGAAUGUCAGCAGCUCUGUGAACUCCUUAAGACCUGUGCUGAAACAUUGAGAGCUUUGCGGGAAAUUCAACAAUGA